GGGCACAAGUUAUUUUAGCUUUUCAGACUCAGUAAUCAUCCAUGUGAGCGCGCUUUCACAUCCACUGGUGGCCGUGCGCUGUGGACCCUUCACAGCCUCCCUCUCCUCCCUCUCCUCACCGCUUCUCUCCUCACCGCGCAGAGCUCGACGCGCAAAAAGGCACAACAGAUGGUACAGUACUACAAGCUGCAGGAGCGCAAGAAUUUGGCUCAGAAGUACUUUUAUACCUCCAAACUUCGGCGGAACGUUUAGUAUCAGAGGAAGUGGCGGGAUUCUCCCUGGACAAACUCGACUUUCCGACAGUAUCCUGCAUUUAAAGGCGCAGUUUGCUGCCAAGGUCGGGUGUGGCCAUGCCAUUUGGCUGUUUGACAGUUGGGGAAAAGAAGGAAUACCACAAUCCUUCGGAUGUGACAGAUAAAUAUGACCUGGGCCAGAUUGUUAAAUCGGAGGAGUUCUGUGAGAUCUUCAGGGCCAAGGAUAAGGCAACAACGAAAAUGUACACAUGUAAAAAAUUCCUGAAAAAGGAUGGAAGAAAGGUCCGCAAGGCCGCCAAAAAUGAGAUCCUCAUCUUAAAGAUGGUGAAGCAUCCCAACAUCCUCCAACUGGUUGAUGUCUUUGAGACCAAAAAGGAGUACUUCCUCUUCCUUGAACUCGCAACAGGCAGAGAGGUGUUUGACUGGAUCCUGGACCAAGGCUACUACUCAGAGCGGGACACCAGCAACGUGGUGCGGCAGGUGCUGGAGGCCGUGGCUUACCUCCAUUCUCUGCACAUUGUUCACAGAAACCUGAAGUUGGAGAACUUGGUGUACUACAACCGUCUAAAGCACUCCAAAAUCGUCAUCAGUGACUUCCACCUGGCCAAGCUGGAGAACGGAUUAAUCAAAGACCCCUGUGGGACACCAGAGUACCUGGCUCCUGAAGUGGUGGGCAGACAGCGAUAUGGCAGGCCCGUGGACUGCUGGGCGAUAGGAGUCAUCACAUACAUACUUCUGUCAGGCAACCCUCCUUUCUACGAUGAGACCGACGACGAUGACUACGAAAACCACGACAAGAACCUGUUUCGAAAAAUCCUCGCGGGCGAUUACGAGUUUGACUCUCCGUACUGGGAUGAAAUCUCUGAUUCAGCCAAGAACCUGGUUGCUCGUUUGAUGGAGGUGGAUCAAGACCAGAGACUGACGGCCCAGGAGGCUAUAAACCAUGAAUGGAUCUCCGGUGGUGCCGCUUCAGAUAAGAACAUCAAGGAAAAUGUGUGCGCACAGAUAGAAAAGAACUUUGCCAGAGCUAAAUGGAAGAAAGCUGUACGAGUCACCACCAUCAUGAAGAGACUGAGAGCGCCUGAGCAUAGCGAGUCGAGGUCCGCCGUCCCCGCGGCGGGGGCACCUGCGGAUCCUGCAGCUCCCCUGGCUUCCACCGACCCCUCGACGCCUUCAUCGGCUGCCGUGCCGGAGGGCGCCCCCGGAGAAGAGAAGGCCCAACAGGCGCCGCCGACACCAGCCUCGGCCGAGGAGCCAAAUGCGGAACCGCAGGCGGCCGAACCCACGGCACGUUGCAACGGGGAAGCUUCCGCUGCACGUCACACAGCUGCUGAGGCGAUGGAUGAACAGGGUUAAGGCCCCUCAUGGUACCGGUCCGGUGUGAACUCUGUCCCCGCCGACUCCUGCACACUGUACAUUAGCUGCUAGCAUGGUGACACUGACUCUGCUUCUUUCUCACUUGCAGCAUUAGCAUCAUCUCAUGAAGGCUGCGUGCUACCUUUCCUGAGUGCUGCCUUUCUUUCUUUUUUUUCUAACAUGUAUAGCACUUUCACAUUUUGUUAAAAAAAAAUCAGAUAUGUCUCCGUCAACUUGAGCUUUAGAGGUGAAAUAGGUCAGCUGUCAACCCAUUGGCUCACGUCUAAAGGCUGCUUGUCUCUACAAAUCGUACUGAGAGUGUAAAUAAGUACGCAACAUUGCAUUAAACAUUUAUUUCAAUACUCUUUAACAAGCCAGCAAGAAAUGGGCCCCGUAGGCUACCGUACUAAUCUAUAAGAGCCGAUUCAAACACAUGGAGAAAGGUACAGUGCCUGGCUAAACAUUCAUACCCCUUCAACCUUUCCAUACCCUUAUCCUUUCAGACUUCAAUGCAUUUUUGGGGGGAUUUUUUCUGGUAGAUUAAUGCAAAGCAGUGUAUAGUUGUGAAAAGCAAGGGAAUGACUGUUUUUCAAAUUAUUUUACACCCAAAUAUGAGAUCUGACCAGUCUUCUUUACAGAAUUGCACCAGCUCCAUCAGAUUAAUAGUAAGCAUCAAUCUCUCUGUUGCAGCUCUGGCUAUGUUUAGGGUUGUUAUCCUGCCGGAAGCUGAACAACGGCUCCAGUUCCUUUGGCAGGACUUCGUCAAGAACUGUCCCGUUGUUUAGCUCUCUGCAUCCUCCCUUUACCUCAGAUCAACUUCCCCGUCCCUGCUGAAAAAAAGCCUCUCCACAGCUGAUACUGCCACCACCAUGUACUGAUGCUUUUCCCUACAGGGAUGUGCGGUGUUCAUUUGAGACCUCCUGUUAAAACUAACAUUGUUUUAAAUAUUGUUUAAUCUAACCAGAGCACUUUGUUCCACAUGCUUGCCAUGUCAGCCUACCUGGCCGAUGGCAAACAUCACUUCUUACGGUUCCGUCCAAACAAUACAGUCGUCUUGCCAUUCUUCACUUAAAAGGCAGAUAUCUGGACAGCACACCAAUGGUGGUCCACCCACGACAUGCACCUGAGCCGGGGCUCUCUGCAUCUUCUUCCUGGCUUUUGUUUGAUACAUGGCUUCCUUGUCCAACCAGUGUGCUCAGCUGAACGGCCACGUCUUGGUAGGAUUCAACCACAUCGCUCCUCUGUUCAGAUGAUGGAAUAACCAGCGCUCCAUGGGAUGGUCAAUGCUUCAACUGCGGUUUUAUAACCUUACCGUGCUUUGAACUUCUCCACUACUUCAUCCCUGGCCUGUCCGCUGUGCUCCUUGGUCUUCACGAUGCUGUUUGUUCACUGUGGUUCUCUAACAACCUCUGAGGCCUUCACAGAACAGCUGGAUUUAUACAGAGAGGAAAAAAAAACACACAGACGGAUAGGUGACCUCUGAAGACAGGGGGUUGUGCUGGAUUUAAUUUAAGGGUAUCAGAGUAAAGGGGGGGGAGUGGUGGCCUAGUGGUUAGAGCAGUGCGC